CCCCAAGAGGCUAGGGCUGCAGGGGGCGUGCUCUUGACCCGCUGUGGAUGCCCAGGCUCAUACCGAACAACUUCACGCUUGCGUAUUCCAACCCAAUCCGCAGCAGCCCAAAGACCCGCGUUUGUGGCUUGUCCCUAGCAGCUAGCAAGACGCCUGUUUGCGAGAUCCGCACAUGUCUCCCUGGCAGUAGCGCGGUUUUCCGUUUCGGAACAUGGUGGCGGUGGCACAGCAUCCUUGCGGGUGCCUCCUCGUCUGCUCGGCAUCGCAUUCGCCCGUGGGCCAGGGGAUUUUUGGCAUGGGGAAAUGAGGGAGCUGAACACUGGAGGAACAGGGACGGGUGGCCUAACCGUUCCCGAGUAAAGAUAAAGCGAGGCUGGCAGCCUCUCUUUUGUUUUGGUUGACCAUUUUUGGUGCUCUGUCUUCCACCGUGCUCUCGUCUCCGCCCCGGUUCGCCCUCUCUCGCCACUCGCAGGCGCUGCCAAACGUCCAAAUAAGAAAGACAAGCCUUUCCCUCGGUCUUUCCAACACCACCUUUGCAAUGGCGGUGCGCGGUCUCAUUGCCCGUGGCGUUCCCACCACGCUCCCGAAAUGGCUUCUUUACGUCAAGAUCGUCAUCCUUGUUCUGGCCCUCCUCGUCCUCGCCCUCGCAGCAUAUGCCAUCUCCAUAUUCAGCAGCGCCGCCAACGAUGACUACUACUUUACUGGCUCAGGAGUCCCUGGUCUUUUGAUCUUUGUUGCCGUUAAAACCCUCAUCGUGUACGGUGCCGUUACUGCGAUCCAAGUGUGGGCCCCGCGCAUGUUUUUCCGCAUCGCCGCCCUCAUUGCCUAUCUCCUCGGCAUCAUCUUCUGGCUGGCCUCGUGGGGCUGGGCGGCCAGCAUGUCGGGCGUCUACUUCUCGCUGGCCAACACCUACUCCAACCGCAUCUAUGGAGCCCUGCCCAACAAGCUCCGGCAGGAGGGAGGUGCCUUGGCCGGUUGCGCUGCCAUUGGCGCCAUUGCUUGGGUCCUGUCCAUCGUCAACGUCGCCUUCUUCAUCAAGGCCUGCCUGAACGACCCCGAGAGCGAGGGUGCCAACACCAACCAGGCCGAGCUCGGCCAGGUCCCGUACAAGGCGCAGGAGGCCCAGGGCCCCGCCGUCCCGCAGCAGGGCGUCUACCAGCAGGGCCCGUACCAGCAGGGCGAGUACCAGCAGCCGCAGCCGGGACAGUCGCCUUACGGCCAGCCCGCCCCGGUCUAUGGCCAGCCCGCGCCCGUCUACGGCCAACCUGCACCGGUUUACGCGCAGCCUGCGCCAGUUCAUCAGCAGCCGUAUGCCACUCAGUAGAGUGGCUGUGACUUGGGGAUUCAAUUUCAUUGUUGCUUGAGACUGGACGGGAGGGGAGGGGGGGAACUGCCGAGACCUGUCGGUUGGCAGGGCCCAUUGUCACUAUCUUGGAAAGCUAUUUAUUAAACGAUACCAGAGAUACCAUGGCGUCUGUGCUGCCAGUGUGCGAUGAAGGGCAGCUCCA